GUUCAGUACGGUUGAGGUCGUCGACGUGAAUGCAUAACCACUAAGCCAUCCAUAAGUUCGAUAAAAUCGGAGGUAAACAUUUUAAAAAUUUAAAGUGUCGCGCGCAGUCGUUGUAAAAUUUAUGAACGCUAAUUAGUCUGAUCAGUGAAUGUACACAAGGAAAGCAGACCUAUGUUCUGUUUGAGUGGAUUAAAACGUGGACACAUAAAAAGCGAACAUGAAAAGAACUUAUAGCAACGGUUGUUUUUCAGUAUGUUUGGUGAUCAUAGCCACCGUACACUUUGCCUAUUCUUCUGGUUUCGGACGAUUAUGUCCUAAGUAUCCAUCGAUGCCAAAAUUCAAUAUUACAAUGUUCUUAGGAAAAUGGUACGAGGUCGAGCGUACAUUUUACUUACCUGAAAUCGCGUCUAGCUGCACAACUCUCACAUUUGAUCAGGAUAAUGAACGUUCCGACUCUGACAGAACAUUGGAUAUUUCAAUUGAUUCGAUAAAUCAAUGGACAGGCAGUCCCUCUCAAAACAUUGGCCACGCAUCACGUGAAUCGGAAAAUUCUUCGAUUAUGGACUUUCAGUUUACAUCACGAUUACCAAAUGCCAUAUCACGGUUUUUGCCUGGUGCAGGACGCUAUCAAGUUCUAUUUACGGAUUAUGACAACUUUGCAAUAUUAUGGUCUUGUUCAUCGUUCGGGUCAUUAGGAUAUACCGAUCAAAUUUGGCUAUUGGGCAGAAAUCGAACCGAUUUUGUUCUGGAUACAAGAACGACGAUACACGAUUCUUUGAUCCAGUUAGGAUUGGAUCCGGAGAGAUUAGUGUUAAGUAAAAAUGAUUACUGCCCCGAAUUGUAGGAGCAAUAAUUGACAAACAAACCGCUGAAAGCCUAAUUUGCUCACUUUGGAAAUUUUGUGUGUGAAACGUUAGAAUUUCAUAAUGAACUGUGAUAGAAAUUGUAAAAUCAAUUUCUCAAUCAAAUGAAAUGUAAGUAGAAAAUUUAAAUAAAAAUCUGAAUUAAUUAUAAACUACACAGCCCAGUCA